CCACCAAUCGCCCAGAUGCUAUUGACCCUGCGCUGAGAAGACCUGGGAGAUUCGACAGAGAAUUUUACUUCCCACUACCCUCGUUGGAGGCCCGUGAAAGGAUCCUGGGUAUUAUGACAAAGAAGUGGGAGGGCUGGGAUGGAGACACUGGUGUUGAGAGUGUCAAGGGAUUAGCUAAACUCACAAAGGGAUAUGGAGGUGCUGACUUGAGGGCCCUUUGCACAGAAGCUGCGUUGAACGCCAUUCAAAGACGAUAUCCGCAGAUCUACCAGUCGAGCGAUCGUCUUUUAUUGAAACCAGAAACCAUCGGUAUCAAUCUGAGAGAUUUCAUGAUAUCUGUGAAAAGUAUGUUGUCAUAAUGUGAUAAAAAUGAGUAGCUU